AUGGUGGUGAGAAAAGAAACAAGAACUGUUGAAUUUCGCCAUGGCUCAACGUCUUUAUGUAUGCCAUCUCCGGGAGGGAACAAGAUAUCGUCACGCUUGAUCGUUCACGCCUCCGAAUCACACAACAAGGGCAAACAACAACAUCGCAAUCUUUUGCAAACUGCGUACGUAUGA